CUUCUUCCGCCCUCCAAGAUCAAAUUGAGAAUCGAAACUACGCUGAGGUCCAUGCAGCAGGAGCCUGCAGCCGCCCAAUCUCCGGGGUCCCACCAGGACUCCGCACUGCCCCACGCUCCCACCAUGCCUCCCCCGGAGUCUGUCUCCGAAAGCCACCAGCCCAGCCCGGACCACAGCCCCAUAGAGCAAGCCACGGAAGAGGAGUUCCAGUUCCUGCGCUGCCAGCGCUGCCAGGCAGAAGCCAAGUGCCCAAAGCUGCUGCUUUGCCUGCAUACACUAUGCUCAGGUUGCUUGGAGGCCCCAGGCAUGCAGUGCCCUAUUUGCCAAGCUAAUGCGCCAGUCUUGGAUAACAUCUUCUUCGAGAGUUUGCAGCGGCGCCUGUCGGUGUACCGACAGAUCGUGGGCACGCAGGCCGAUUGCACCCGCUGCAAAGAGCCGGCAGAGUUUUGGUGCUUUGAGUGUGAGCAGCUUCUCUGCGCCAAGUGCUUCGAGGCGCACCAGUGGUUUCUCAAGCACGAGGCCCGGCCCCUGGCAGAGCUCCGCAGCCAGUCGGUGUGCCAGUUCCUGGAUGGCACGCGCAAGUCCAACAAUAUCUUCUGCUUCAACCCCAAUCACCGCAACCCUACACUGACUAGCAUCUACUGCCGAGGCUGCUCCAAGCCACUGUGCUGCUCUUGUGCACUCCUGGACAGCGGCCACAGCGACCUCAAGUGCGACAUCACCGCGGAGAUCCAGCAGCGGCAGGAGGAGCUGGACACCAUGACGCAGGCAUUGCAGGAGCAGGACUGCGCCUUUGGCGAGGCGCAGGCUCACAUGCAGUCAGCUGUCAGCCAGCUGGGGCGCGUGCGCACCGACACGGAGGAGCUGAUCCGUGCACGUGUGCGCCAACUAGUAGAACACGUGCUGGCACAGGAAAGCGAGCUGCUGGAAGCGGUGAACACACGGUACCAAUGUGAGUACAAGAAGAUCGCUGGCCAAUUGGGCCACCUGGACGCUGUGCUGCAGCGCAUCCGCACAGGCACUGUGCUCGUGCAGAGGAUGAAGCGCUACGCGUCGGACCAGGAGGUGCUGGACAUGCACGGCUUCCUGCAAGAGGCGCUCCGCCUCCUGCGCCAGGAGGAGCCCCAGGGCCUGCAAGCUGCUGUGCGCACUGACAGCUUCGACGACUUGAAGGAGCGCCUGCAGGACCUCGCCUCUUGCGUCACCCAGGGGACUGAUGCAGUUCUACCCAGGAAAGCCAGCCCAGAGGUUACCAGCACUCCCAGGGAAUCUUUUGACGUUGACCUGCCAGUGGGGGCACAGAUGGCUCAGGCGCAGGCCCUAGGCCCAGCUGAGGUUCAGCCUGUGGCAGUGGUACAGUCAGUGCCCAGGACACACCCUGUGCCCAUGUACGCCUACUCCAUCAAAGACCCCUCCCGCAGAGAGGAGAUCUCCAACACAGCCACGCCACAGAAGAGGAAGUCGUGCCAGACCGAGUGCCCCAGGAAGGCUAUCAAGAUGGAGUCUGAGGAAGAGAAGGAGGCCAGGUUGUCCUGGAGCUCCCCCGAGCAGCCCAGGCCCAGCACCUCCAAGGCAGUCUCGCCACCACCCCUGGAGGGAUCCCCCAGACCCAAGAGCCACGCCGUAGGGAAUGAGGAAUUACUGUUCAACAGCAGCCAUGAGACUGGCGUCUCUGGGGAGGCAGAGGAGCGCAUUGUGGUGAUCAGCAGCUCAGAGGACUCGGAUGCCGAAAACUCGUCCUUUCGAGAGCUGGAUGACAGCAGCAGCGAGUCCAGUGACCUUCAGCUGGAGGGCCCCAACUCCCUCAGGGUCCUGGAUGACAACCUCACAGACCUCCACUCAGAAGUCAGGCCCCUGGUUUUCUUUGACCUCAAGAUUGACAGUGAAACCCAGAAGAUUAGACAGCUGGCAGCCGUGAACCAGGAGAGCAAGUUCCGCGUGCUCAUCCAGCCUGAGGCCUUCAGCAUCUACUCCAAGGCGGUGUCCCUGGAGGUGGGGCUACAGCACUUCCUCCGCUUCCUGAGCUCCAUGUGCCGACCCAUCCUGGCCUGCUAUAAGCUGUGGGGGCCCAGCCUCCCCAACUUCUUCCGGGCCCUGGAGGACAUGAACAAGCUGUGGGAGUUCCGGGAGGCCAUCUCCGGAUUCCUGGCCACCCUGCCCCUCAUCCAGGAGCAUGUGCCCCAGGCCAGCAGCUUCAAACUCAAGAGUCUGGCCAAGACCUACCUGGCAAGAAACAUGAGCGAACACAGUGCCCUGGCUGCUGUACUGACCAUGCGUGACCUGUGCCGCCUCCUCGAGGUCUCCCCGGGCCCCCAGCUGGCUCAGCACUUCUACUCCUUCAGCAGCCUGCAGUGCUUCGGGUCCCUGCAGCCCUUGGUGCAGGCCGCUGUCCUGUCCCGGGCGGAGGCCCGGCUCCUGGCCCUGCACAACGUGAGCUUCAUAGAGCUGCUGACGGCACACCACCAAGACCCGCAGGGGGGCUUGAAGAAGUAUAGCCGAUACCUGCAGGCCACCUCAUCGCCCCCUGCCCAGCCUGCUCUCAACUUGCAGGCUAUGAGCACCUACUUCAAAAGCCUGUUGGAGGGGCCAGCCUUGGCAGUAGCAGACGGCAUCUCUUCUCCUCUCGCUAGCCAUAACUUGGCCAAAAGGGCCCCCCAGCAGAGCUGAGAUGACGGAAUGACUGGCUUGGGACAGAGAGGGAUGGUGUCCCUCAGCCAGGCCCUGCCCAUCACAGCAUUCCCAGAUCCUAGUCUAAUACACAGCUGACAUUUGGUCCAGAAUUAGUUCUCAUUCUCUGGGACCAAAUUCCUCUUUUCUAAAAAUCCCACAGAGAAGGUUCCUAGGCCAAGCAGCUACCCCCGGAGCCAGCAGAUCCCUGGUGCACCAAUGAGUUAACUCACCAGGUCCCUGGGUCCCCUCUCUUACAGGAGCCAGAAUUAGGGAGGUCCUGGGUGAUGAAGGCAUGGCCUCUGGGCUCUCAAAGUGGCCCCCACCUUUCCCCGAGGACAUCCAUAGAUGUCCUUUCAUCUCCUCCCUGAUCCCCCGGCCAUUGCCCAGGGGACCUGCUAACACAUCCCAAGGACACCACCUGCAGCACCCGUGGCCCCACCAGUACCCGAAGUGCCUUUCAAACCAAACUGUUCCUCUUGAGCUUGGGUUCUCUCAACUUCUGCCUGCCUGGAGGCCGGCUCUCUGUUCACUCCCUUCACAUCUGCACAGAAAGAUGCCGCUGUGCCAUGCUUGUCCCCACUUCCCUCCACACUUGCUUCCUUCCUCUUGGCCACACAAACACCUCCCCUUAGUCAAGACUUGGCUCUUUGGUCCUCAGACCCCUCUCAGCAUGGCCCUUUGUUUGUCUGUGCUGCCCGCCUCAGCCCUGCCAAGGAAUGUCCUCUAACCCAGCGCUGCUCUCUGUGGAGUCCAGGGACCCACACCUUGGUUUCCUCCAACAACCUCUACCCCAGACUUGAAUCAGACUGGACUCUCUGGGGUGGGACCCAGCAAGCUGUUUAGUUUAGCAGGUUGUCCAGGUGAUACUGAUGCCCACUGAGUUCCAGAACCGUUGCUGUGCAGACUGCUCCUCAAAGGAGAAGCAGUGUGGAGCAGCAGAGCAGGUCCUGGCCCGACCACGACUGUGCAUCGGAUGUAACCCCUUCCUGGGCUGGUUGGCCAGGAUGGUCUUAGAGUCCCAUUCACCUCUGCCAUCCUGGGAUUUUGAGAAUGGACAACACUCCCGGCUGGUGUGGCUCAGUGGUUGAGCAUCGACCCAUGC